GUUCAACGACCCACCGCCUAACCCGGAAGUGCUUUUCACACUCUCACCCUACCUCCACUCUGCUUCCGUCUUCUUGUUCAUUUUGGCUCAGAUCGGAACGCUCCCUAUGACCGAAAUAGUGCACUAUAUAGUGCUGUUCGGAUCCCCAACGGCAAGUCUCAUUCCCUGUAUAGUGCACUAUAAAAUACCCGCAAGGAGACGUCUGCUGUCAACUGAUCGCACCUGAUUUAAACAAGAUGGCGCAAGAGGGCAACUUUAUAUAUAAAUUGACAGACGAGGACACUGCGAAGUUAAUCAAACUGCGCGCAGCAAAUGACGCUCUUUUCACCGGCAAGAGAAAUGCUGCCAAGUUUGGCUGGAGAGCAAUACUAAAGGAACUGGGCCUGCAGGGAAAGAUGAGGGCUGACCAGGCGGCGAAAAAGUGGGAGAACCUGAAGAAGAAAUACAAGGACCUAAAGUACCCCCCAGUGGGCCACGGUAUACAGACUGCAGAGGUCACCUCCUCACCUUGGCAGUGGUUUCACCUCAUGAAUGAAGCUAUGGAGGGCAGGCUUGCCGGGAGUGCCCCAGUCCUGGCGGCCAUUUCGUGCAGCACUGACGAUGAAGACAUGUUUGCCAUGCCAAUCAGGAAGAUACGGAAGGUGGAGGAAAAGAGCGAAAUUCUGGAGUUCUUGGCGGAUGCAGCACAGGAGGCGAUAGUGACAGAUGAGAAGGAUGGACUGGUCAUGGAAAACAGAUUAAUAGAGAUGGACAGUGAGAAGCUGGCCCUUGAAAGAGAGAGGGUGGGAAUAGAGAGGGCGGGGUUAGAGGCAGAGAGGGCGGGGUUAGAGAGGGAGAGGGUGGGGCUUGACAGAGAACAAGCCAUCCUGGAUCGGGAGCGUGCAGCACUGGAGAGGGAGAAGGCGGCACUGGAGAGAGAGAGUGCUGUAAUAGAACGGCAAAGAGCACAGCUGGAGAAAGCACGAUCGGCAUUGGACAGGGACCGGGCUGCCCUGGAAAGGGACAGGGGUGCGCUGGAGAGGGACAGGGCUGAGCUACAGCGGGACUUAGCAGCACUGAAGAGUGGCUCGGUGGAGGAGCAAAGCAGCACAGCUCCGACAGGUCUGGACAUGGAUUCUGGGAACAGGAGAGAAAGAUUCCUGGUCCUGUUUGAACAGCUCAUAAAGAAACUGUGAAAACAGAACAACAGAACUCCAGGUGUUGUUUUUAAUACGUGAAAAGUACAUAAGCAACUCACAAUAUGAGGAAUUGCAGAGUAUGAACACAUGCCGUUUCAGCCUGUGAUGCUUUACUUGACAGACACUUGGCAGCCAUUGAAACAUGACUCUCCUGCUUCACAUCAGUCUUUCAGCACCUGGCAACACUAGUUACUUAACAAGUGAAAAGUGAAAGUCUGUUUACCUGCUGUAUUUAUUACAGGGAAGAGUUAAGACAGUCACUCAAAUACUAUUAUGUCCCAUUCAAUGAGGAAUUACAAAUGAAGAUUGAUGAGUUUUGUCUUUCUGCUGGAAACUUUUAAUCCAAAGUGACUCAUUAAAGCCAUCACUGUAAUAAUUCCGUGUUGGCAUUUCGCUUAAGGGUAUGACUGCGAGACCUUUCUCAGUUUAUAUAAGCACAAUGUUGGCAGCUCGCCCAGAUGAAAGUCAGCUGUUUCCCCGCUGGAUGGUGAACCCUGAAAGUGUUGUCUUUUAACUAGGGCUGUUAAAAUUAACGGGUUAACGCGGAUUAAUCCAUCAUCAUGAUUAAUCUGAUAAAAAAUUUUAAUGCAAUUAACCCAUCUGCAGCGCAGAAUGAUUCAAAAUCACUGAAAUGUCUCUGUCAACCCAUUUCGGGUAGUUUUAGUGCGUUCCAUUUCCCCUCGGAACUUGUAUUCCGAGUCGGAUUCCGGAGUUUUGAAGCCGGAAGUGACUAUAUGCGCUCCCGUUUGUCGGACAUCCGAGAAAUAUCUCGGAGCAGCACAGAGGAUCCCGAGUUCAGAAUCCAAGAUGGCCGCGCCCUUUAUCAACAGAAGGGAAAGUUGUAGUCUUAUACUGUUUAAGCACUACUUCUCA